AAAGUUGUGGCCAGAGAACUUCCAGGUCGCCAGCCGGAACGUCGCAAGAGGGGCGGGCGGCCCUGGAGCGUGCGCGCCACCCACCGCCGCCCUGGGCGGCCGCCCGGCCCCGCCCCGGGUCCCAGGGCUGCUCACCGCUCCGCGGGGGCUGGGCUGGGGGAGGAAGGGGGAGCAUGAGGCGGGCGGGGCGCAGGGCGUGCCACGUUCAGCCCCGGGAAUUCCCUCGGGUCCAAGGUGUGCUCGGGUUGACGACGUGCUCGGGCCGGUGCCUGUGCUGUCCGGGUGCCGGGUGUGUAAGUACCGGGGGCGGAGAGGAGAGAAUUACCCUCAUCUUCGUCUCCAAGUCCCGCGCCUGGAAGCCGAAGGCAGAUUUCUCUGGAGAUAGCAAAGAUACUUUGUCACUUUGGGCGCUGCCUUGGCGCAAAUCUUUAAUUGCAAGGGAGCGGGGGGGGGGGCGGCGGGAGAGGGGGAUAGAGUGUCUCAAGCAACCCAAGCGCGGGUCUCUAGGCGGCAAGGCCCCCUUUGAUCAGGAAAAUCCAAUUAUUUGUGUAUAUACAUUUCCCACAUAGUGAUUACUUCAUUAAUUGUCCCGCCUUUAUCUCCUCCCUUCCCAUCCCCCCUAAUAAUCAGUUCUUUUAUCCAGACCAACAAACACACCAUAGGAGCUUUGUGGAUUCAAAGGAUUUGCUUUCGCUUCUGAAAGAGCCGCUAUUCUUUGAUGAUUGGGUAGCGGCAAACUUCAAAGCCAUAAAUCUUCCCUCUGACUGGCUGGCGGCCCAGCAAAGUCCUUAUCAAAUUCUUGGAGGUGAGCCUGAAGCGCUCAGACCGCUCGCGGGGCGAGCGAGCGGGUUGCGGCGAGGGGCGCGGGCGGGGAGGGCCCCUGCGCGCAGAGAGGGCGCCCAGGAGGGACGCUAAGGCGGCCCUUCGUCCUCGCCUUCGGGUCUCCAUGCCUCAGCAGCGCCCUGCUCCUCAGCCAACGGCCCGCAAGCCAUAGCCAUGGCCGCCGUGGCCGUCCUCCGGAACGACUCGCUGCAGGCCUUCCUCCAGGUCAGGGCUGGGCUCGGAGGGGGCGAGGGAAAGGUGGGAAGGGUCAUGUCUGGAUCUUUCCUGAUAUUCUGUGCACCCUGAAUUUCAAAGGGAAUCCCGCUCGGUGGACACCAAUGGAGUGAGACCUAGGGGUGCCCACACCAACUUCACACUGAACCCUGGUGUCAAGAGUGUGGCCUUUGGGGGAGGGACGCGCGUAUCCAGGGCUUGUUCGGAGGUGCGCGUCUGGCUGAGAACCGGUCCCAGCUCACCCCGCUGGGCCCUCCUGGGGCGGGCGGAGGAGGAGCGCGAGAGUAGCGUGGAAAUGAGAGCUUAAAAGAUGGGAGGGAAGGCGGAUGGGCAUCCGGGCUGUGGGUGUUUCCAGACCCUUUCUGGCCGCGGAGCCGGGAGUGGCCCGUCGGAUCUCUCUCCCCUCCCACUUUGUGCCUGUCUUCCUCUGAGGCUAGAUGGCGUCUCUUUGCACCAAGUAGUUUCACAGGAAGCGCUCCCGCGCUCCGCGUCCAGGACCGCACCCCCAGCGCCUCCCCAGACCUGGGCAAGCAUUCGCCCCUGGCGCUGCUAGCCGCCACCUGUAGCCGGAUUGGCCAGCCGGGCGCUACGGCGCCCCCGGACUUCCUGCAGGUGUCCUACGACCCCGCGCUGGGCUCGCCCUCCAGGCUCUUUCACCCGUGGACCGCCGACAUGCCGGCGCACUCGCCCGGCACGCUGCCAUCCCCGCACCCCAGCCUGGGGCUGACGCCGCAGAAAACGCACCUGCAGCCGUCCUUCGGGGCGGCGCAUGAGCUGCCGCUUACACCCCCUGCAGACCCCUCGUACCCCUACGAGUUCUCACCGGUGAAGAUGCUGCCCUCGAGUAUGGCGGCGCUGCCCGCCAGCUGCGCGCCCGCCUACGUGCCCUACGCGGCCCAGGCCGCGCUGCCGCCCGGCUACUCCAACUUGCUGCCGCCGCCCCCGCCGCCUCCGCCGCCCACGUGCCGCCAGCUGUCCCCCAACUCGGCCCCCGACGACCUCCCGUGGUGGAGUAUCCCGCAGGCCGGCACCGGUCCGGGAACCUCGGGGGUUCCGGGGGGCAGCCUCUCCGGCGCCUGUGCGGGGGGGCCCCACGCGCCCCGCUUCCCGGCCUCAGCGGCCGCCGCUGCCGCCGCCGCCGCCGCCGCCGCGCUGCAGCGGGGCCUGGUGUUGGGCCCGUCGGACUUCGCGCAAUACCAGAGUCAGAUCGCUGCGCUGCUGCAAACCAAGGCCCCCCUGGCGGCCACGGCCAGGAGGUGCCGUCGCUGCCGCUGCCCCAACUGCCAGGCGGCGGGCGGCGCCCCGGAGGCAGAGCCGGGCAAGAAGAAGCAGCACGUGUGCCACGUGCCAGGCUGCGGCAAGGUGUACGGCAAGACGUCGCACCUGAAGGCGCACCUGCGCUGGCACACGGGCGAGCGGCCCUUCGUGUGCAACUGGCUCUUCUGCGGCAAGAGCUUCACGCGCUCGGACGAGCUGCAGCGGCACCUGAGGACUCACACAGGCGAGAAGCGCUUCGCCUGUCCCGAGUGCGGCAAGCGCUUCAUGCGCAGCGACCACCUCGCCAAGCACGUCAAGACGCACCAGAAUAAGAAGCUCAAAGUUGCUGAGGCCGGAGUCAAGCGGGAGGACCCGCGGGACCUGUAAGACCACCCGGGGGCGCCUCGAUGCCUCUCCUGCCUCGGGCUCCCUACCCAGCACCUCUUCGGAGAGGUUCCGGUGGCCUGUGGGCAGCCGGCCGAGAGGAGACCCAACUGAGGCACUUACUUGCCCCUUUCUGCUUGCCUGCCUCCCAAAAACGACGCCAGGCCUCCAGCUCCCUGGCCGGCCUGCGGACAAGGACCGUGUGCCCAGGAAGAGCAGGGGAGGUAGGGUUGAGAGCUCUGUGUCACGAAAGAGCAGUUUCAGGCUCUGAACCAUUCCCACCAUCUGGGAGACUACAGUUUGGGGGGACUACCCUGGGCUGACCUCUGUAUAUAGGAAACGCUGCUGAAAUCAAAGCGGAAGAACCUUGAGAGAUUUGAAAUAGUGCUGUGUUUUUUGCUAGGACUGGGCCGGGCUUUGUACAGGUUAUUUAAUAGCUUUCUUAAAGAAUAAUUAUAAUAAUUAUAACAUUAAUUAAAAUGUUACUUUUGUCCUCAGCUCCAUGCAGAGCUACAGCAUGAAAUGUCUCUGUAAAGCAAUCAGCAGUUGCAGCGUGAAAAUAAAUACGUUAACUCCGGGGUCACCUCGGGAAGACCCCGCUGAGCCGGUCUCAUUUGAUCUUUUCUCCUUCCGGGAGGCUUUACAAAGCUGUCAGGUUUCACCGGGAAUUUGAAGGCUCCUGUAGGCUGCCUCUGUCGGAGACUUCUUUGGUUUGGAAGGUUCUGGGCAAGUGUGUCGGGUGCAAAGAUGCAGAAAGUAGGAGGGCAGGGUCAGUUUUGUGGUAAAGAGAUUAGGGCAAGAUUUUCCAGUCCCACCUUGAGUUUCUCACGCGGCCUUAGGACUUGACCAGAGACUGUCGGGCUUCUCUUAAAAGUUGAUACCUGCUGCACAUACAAUACACGAUCUUUUUAUCUGGCGAAUUGCCUGUGGCUUUUCAUUUGUUGGUACUCUCAGAGGUCACAGGCGAGCUGCGCUUCCUCCUGGCAGCCGGCUAUGCUGCUGUCUGCAGGGGUACUACUAUCUCGAGGGUCUGUUCACAGAUGAGAUUUUGGAGAGUUACAGAGAAACUAGGGGCCCUUGUUCAGGUUGAUCUUUGCUUGGGAAAGAAGCGGCUCUCCUGUAUUUCAGCCCCGUCAUGAUACACAGCCUUGUCUUGCUUGUUUUCUUCUUAAUCCUUUUGCUGUGGCAAUCUUACCAGUCUUGUUUCACAAUAGCCUCUUAGGGAUUUCUGUUUAGGCCUGGAAGUUUAGUUCCAUUUUGUGUCUUGGGACUUUAUUUUUUCAAUCACUGCAGUAGACUAAGAUUUUCUCAGGGAGGAGCCAGGAAUACUCAUAUCUAGGUUUCUCACCUGUCUCUAAAAUGUGAAGUUUUAAAUGUGAAGUUUACAAGUGUUUUUUCAACUCGGCUGACUCCUGGAUGUUUUCUAAUAUGUGAGUUUUUAACCUGAAACCAAAACCUUAAUCUUCUGAUUUAGAACUAGCAAAGAAAAGAAAUUGUUCUCAAUUUUGUUACUAUGUUAAACUGGCUGGCAUCAUUAAUGCCAAAUUUCAGUCGAGCUGAAUAAUUUUUUCAUGGUAGUAGAAGUGUAUAUAAAUUGAUAGGAUUUCACAGUUUACACACGGCUGUUACCUUGCCUUUCGUUUGAAGUCAAGCUGAAGGGUAAGUUCUUAAAAACCAGGAGGGUUGUGCUUGAGACUUACUGUAUUAAGUAAAACUCAACCAGCAACAUAGUUGAGGUGAAAAUUACUUUUAUACUCCUAAGAAAUAGCAUUUUUACUUUGUAACUUGGGACAAGGUGGUAACUACUAAAAUCAUUGUGGGACUAUGCCUUAGAACCUGUUACUCUCAUUAGAGAUUUUGGAACUAUUGAAUGACAAAAUGGAAUGUGAGUCUUUAGGGUUCUUUACCUGGAAAGGGCAGUUUGGGCUGGCUAAAUUCUCAAGGCUGUGACAGUUUUGCAAGCAAUAGCAAUAAGAAAGUUGCUACACAGUAACAUUAAUAUGCAUUUAAAUGUGUAAUCUUAAUCUACAUCAAGAUUGUUGAGAAUAAUUUCUGUGAAGAGUUACAGAAACUCUCACAUCUGAACCAUGCCCUGGGAUUGACUUCAGAGCCGGAAAAGGUUUUUUGGCAGAUGACAGGGAAAGAGGAGUCCUUGUUAGAGAGUGAAAAGACCAAGGACUUUCUUUGGAAAAUUUGAAACGAUUCUCUCACGUGAAAGAAAAUGCCCUUGGUAGAGAAAGAAAACUGGCAAUUUUGAAGUGACUCUACUAGCUAUUAUUGACAGCUACGAUCAUUUAGCAUCCAAACAGAAAGAAUUUGAAGACACUCAGAAGAUGGGCUGGUGGGCAUGGAAACAAAACAAAGGAAGUUGGUUGAUGUCAGGUGAUAAUCUCAUACAGGAGGGCAUCAGGCCACAUGCCCAGAUCUACUUCCCCAGUGGCUACUACAGGGCCCGAGUGACACAACCUGCAUGCGUGGGAGAGUAAACUCUCCAGGCAGCAGAUUUUGACCAGUGGAAGAGAGAAGGCAGAGACAGAUGGGAGAUAUGUUUUCUCUUCCUUUUUCCCUCUGAUGGAUUGUUCUGGGCACAAUAUUUCCGUCCAGCCUGUCCAAAGAGGUUCUUUGUGACUGAGUGGUCACCUGCUGAGGAACCAGCUCUGGUUAUUCAUGGCAUUUUAUGAAGCAAUGGCCAGUGCAGUAACUCAGCACCUUGUACUUGCUGCCGGAUCUUCUCCGCCCGUCUUCCUCCCUAACUCUCACAGAACUGGGCUUGUACCUCCUAAUAAAGCAUAAGCCCUUAA